UUCGCCGCAGUCGGUUGUGAUGGCUACCUCCCUAUCACUAAGCGAAAAUCGCCUCAGAAGCGACAAGUCUCACCAUCUCAGCCAGUUGUGAAAGUCCCUUCCCUGAGCACUUUUGCAAACUCGCCAUUUGUCAACAUUGAGGAGUACCAGUACUUCGAUCUCUUCUGUGCUCGCACGGGCUACGACAUCUUUCCCACCUUCGAUUCUGGUUGUACACGCCAACGACUACUAGAAUCUUGUCACUUUAACCCCGCAAUCCGUCAUGCUAUUAUUGCUCUCGGUGCCUUGGACAAGACCGCGGAAAUGGUCCAAUGUUUCGACAAAAUGUCCUUGACGCCUGUCGAAAGAGAUGCGGCGGCUAAUGAGCAUCAUCAGAAUGCUCUCAGACAGUACGCUAAAGCUGUGAAGCACAUGGCAUCUGACGCCGCCGAGAAGAAGCUCGACUUGAGGACUAUGCUCCUAAGCUGCCUACUCAUCCUAGCCUUCGAAUCUUGGACUGGAAACAUGGACCUCGCAGUCAACCAAGUCCACGCCGGUAUCCGACUCAUCCAAGAAUGGAAAGAGAACUACAGAGACGACGAAGACAAGUUCACACGACUAUCUCCCGCACCCUACAUCGUCGAAGACGAUCUGAUCCAAAUAUUCUGUCGCUUAGCAGUCCAACAUUCUUUCUUCGCAGACGGACACUCCCCAGAACUACACGCAGUACUCGGAACAGAAGGACCGAGAUUCACACGCUCGAUGCCCGCCACCUUCUCCGACAUCUUCGAAGCGGGGAAAUACUACAACGGCAUCAUCCGUCGCGGCGUCUACCUAAUCACCACACACUCAGCCUACCUCGGACCCGACGUGCGCGAAGAUUCCGCGCGAUGGCGGUGGGCGAUGAAAGAACAAGAGGAGAUCCAAGCCGAUGUGUGGCGCUUCAAUAAAGCUUUCGAGCCCGUGCUUCAGCAGGUCGCUGAUGGUCCCCAGAAGCAUUAUGCCUUGUUCAUUCAGCUGUCUAUGGCGAUUGGGUAUAUUGGCCUCUCGACGCAUCUUUCGAGUGAUGAGUCGAUACAUGAUCAGUAUAAUCCUGUGUAUAAACGUGUCGUUUUCCUGGCAAAAGCGGUAAUGAAAGAGAUGCCACCGCGGAAUUCAACACGACCCUCGAAUUUCUGCUUCGAUACGAGAAUCAUUGUUCCUCUUUGGGUUGUGGGCCUGAAGUGUCGCGAGCCGUUGAUUCGAAGAGAGGCCAUCAAUUUCUUGUUGUCGAAUCCUAGGAGGGAAGGUAUCUGGGACAGUGUCUUUGCGGGGAAAGUGCUGCAAUGGGCGAUGGAAAUUGAAGAGGAGUUUCUUGAAGACGGGAAGGUGCUGGGUUGGGCGAGGCUUGGUGGUGUGAAAUGGAGUGGAGCUGAACUGGCGCAGAAACGGGCUAAGUUGGUGUGUUUGCAGAGGGUCUCGGCCGACGAUGAAACGAAAGUAAGGAGGACGAAGACAAUUACGUGGUAAUGAACCAUUUUAUUUUGAUGGAAUGCUAGUUUGAACAGGAUGUCAAAACUUGAUCUUUCACGGACUUUAUUUCAAGACCAAGGAACCAGCUACGCUGGUUCGUUUACAUCAAACGUCAAUCCAACGUGUUCUGAGUUUGGACCAGUCGCGAAUGCUGGCUCCUUUAGCCGAAUUGGGAAAUUCAAGAUCGACAUCUUGUCUUCACUUAUUGGACG